CGCAUGCCUGUAGUCCCAGCUACUCGGGAGGCUGAGGCAGAAGGAUCGCUUGAACCCAGGAAGGCUUCAUGGAGAAGGCGGGCCCUGCGGGGGAGAAGCCUGAGGGCUUCAGGCCAGUGACCGAGGGCAGGGGUGGUGUGGGGUCUGUUGGGGCUGGAAGGGGGAGGUGGGAAGUCUAGUUGACGAGGGCGGGGCCUAUCACAGGGGAGGAGCGUGACAGGGAGGCGGUGCCCCGUGACACUCGGGGCGGGGGCCGGGGGCUGGCUAGUGAGGGGUCUGAUGGUCCAGGCUGGGGUCCGGCAACGGGGCUUGGCGAGCAAGGCUGGGGUUGGAAUAGAAGGGAACGGAACUGAACACAGUCAAGUACCUGGGACUGGAGCGAGGGCUGAGAUCGGCAGGGAGAUGGUGCUCAUCGUGCACGGCUUCCCGUCCGCUGUGGCCGCCCUUCGGUUCGAGUGGGCCUGGCAGCACCCACAAGCCUCCCGCCGCCUGGCGCACGUGGGUCGGCGCCUGCGCGGCGAGGCGGCCUUCGCUUUCCACCUGCGCGUGCUGGCGCACAUGCUGCGCGCGCCUCCCUGGGCUCGCCUCCCGCUCACACUGCGCUGGCUGCGCCCUGACUUCCGCCAGGAUCUCUGCCUGCCGCCGCCGCCACACAUGCCGCUGGCCUUCGGGCCUCCGCCGCCCCGAGGCUCUGUACCGAGGUGCCACACCAGUCCCCGUGCUGACACCGAGCCUGGGAUGGACCCGGGCGCCGCUGAGGCCUGCUGCACCCUGUGUGCUCAGUUGCUCCAGGAUGAAGAGGGUCCCUUGUGUUGCCCCCACCCUGGCUGCCCCCUAAGGGCCCAUGUGAUCUGCCUGGCAGAGGAGUUCCUUCGGGAAGAACCAGGGCAGCUUUUGCCCUUAGAGGGCCAAUGCCCUAGCUGUGAGAACUCGGUGCUUUGGGGAGACCUGGUCUGGCUGUGCCGGAUGGGCACUGAGGAGGAAGAAGAGUCGGAAUCAGAAGAGGAACACUGGACAGACAUGCUGGAGACUGAUCCUCAGUGUCCCUAACCCUCUUCCCUCUUCCCACUCCUUUUCUGUGCCAUGCCCCCGCCACGCUCCCAUGGGUCUGGCCAGGUUUUACUUGAGUUCAAUAAAAAGUCUAAGUUAA